GAUUUGUGUAAUAAGCUAGUGUAGUAAGUACUUAUGGCUUGGUGUCGAGCUAUAUGGCAAGAACAUGAACUUGAAGAAGAAGGUGAUAUUCCAUCAUGUUGGGUAGAUAGUGAGUUUGUGUAUUGGCCAUCAAAAAUGAAUGUUUUAUCUGCUGCAAAGGAACAUGCUAAGCCUGAUGCAACUUGGCAUAAGUUCAAAAUACUGAAAGUGAAGUGCUAUGAUGAUGAUAAGGAGUUAUGUAAAAGUUAUGAGUUUUCGUCGAAUGACGAAGUACAAGCACUUAAUAAGAAUGAACCCAUUAUAAAAGAGAAUAAAAUAAUGAAGUAUACUUUAAAAAAAGCAGCAAGUAGCACUACAACUCCAAAAUGUGAUGAAAAAGUUAAAAAUGAGUUAUACGAAAGUUUUAAACUUUCCUCAAAUAAUGAGAUAGAGUUUAAAAUUGAACAAUGAAAUAAAAAUAAUCAAAUUAUAAAUGCUUAUGCAAAGAAAGCUAGCAACACCUGUAAGAGAAAUAUUUUAUUCAUUCUUUCAACGUUAUUUAAUUUAAAAACUUGUGUUUCAGAAUGUUUUUUUUUAAAUAAGCUUAUUUAUUAUUAACAAUUUAAUUUUAUGCAAUUGCCUGAUAUAUUUUUUUAGUAACAACUUCUCUAUUUCAUCCAACUCCUCCAAAGUUUGAAAAUCCAUUAAUAGAUGUUCUUUCCCCCCCCAAAAAAAAAAAAAUUAAAAAAUAAAUAAAGAUAUUAAAGGAGCCGGUCCAAAAAUCUUCAAGUUUUUUAAAAGAUAAAUGUAAGUUUCUUUUUUUUCUGUUGCUGUACUGGACUAAAAAAAUUUUUAACAUUUAAUGCUUUUGUAUUUGUUUCUUUAUUCUCAAAUAAAAGUAUGUUAGUUUUGUUUAUUACUCCACAAAAUAGAUCGAAAAUCAACUCAGCAAGAAAAGAAGAAGGCUUCAGUUUUUCCUUUAGAAGGAAGUUAGUAUAUAUUGUAUGAAAAAAGUGAUGUAUAAAAAUAGCAUAAGAAAUAUAAAGAUUUUUAGUUUUAAUUUUUUAAUUACUUAAUAUACAGGCUUUCAAUAUAAAGUCAUUCAUUUACUGACUGAACUGAAAAAUGAUGUUGCUGAUAUAAAAGUCAUGUUAAAAAAUGAAAAUAGUUUUGAUCUUCAUCAAUGUAAUUCUAUCCAGGAGUUUCAUGACUUUGAUCAAUCACUUCUGGAUCAAGAUAUUGCAAAAAAUGUG